UUCUGCAUUUUAAGGAACUCUGGACUUUUAGCUUGUUCAGGAUACUUUACAUGGCACCACCAAGCAACUACUCCACUGCUCCAGUCUCUGAAUUCCUCCUCAUCUGCUUCCCUAACUACCAGAGUUGGCAGCACUGGCUGUCCCUGCCCCUCAGCCUCCUCUUCCUCCUGGCCAUGGGGGCCAAUGCCACCCUCUUAAUCACUAUCCGGCUGGAGGCCUCUCUGCACGAGCCCAUGUACUACCUGCUCAGCCUCCUCUCCCUGCUGGACAUUGUGCUCUGCCUCACUGUCAUCCCCAAGGUCCUGGCCAUCUUCUGGUUUGAUCUGAGGUCCAUCAGCUUCUCUGCCUGCUUCUUCCAGAUGUUCAUCAUGAAUUGCUUCCUUGCCAUGGAGUCCUGCACAUUCAUGGUCAUGGCCUAUGACCGCUAUGUGGCCAUCUGCCACCCACUGAGGUACCCAUCCAUCAUCACUGACCAAUUUGUGGUUAGAGCUACCAUAUUUAUUGUGGUCAGGAAUGGCCUCUUUUUUCUUCCUGUUCCAGUACUUUCUUCACGGCUCAGAUACUGUGCAGAGAACAUCAUCAAGAACUGUAUAUGCACCAACCUGUCUGUGUCCAAACUCUCCUGUGAUGACAUCACCUUCAAUCGGCUCUACCAGUUUGUGGCAGGCUGGACCCUAUUGGGCUCUGACCUCAUCCUAAUUAUUCUGUCCUACUCCUUCAUCCUGAAAGCUGUGCUAAGGAUCAAGGCUGAGGGUGCUACAGCCAAGGCCCUGAGCACGUGUGGUUCCCACUUCAUCCUCAUUCUCUUCUUCAGCACAGUCUUGUUGGUUCUGGUCAUCACUAACCUGGCCAGGAAGAGAAUUCCUCCAGAUGUCCCCAUCCUACUCAACAUCCUGCACCACCUCAUUCCCCCAGCUCUGAACCCUAUUGUUUAUGGUGUGAGAACCAACGAGAUCAAGCAAGGAAUGCAGAAGCUGCUGAGAAGGUUGUAAGAGGAAAGGCAACAUUGCCACUUUAGCAAUUUCAUGGAGCCCAGCCAAGAACAUAAAGCAACAAGAAGUUGAAGAGUCACAUGCUGGAAGCAGACUACUAGCUGAAUAAGUUAUCUACUUAGAGGAAAGUUACACAUUACCUUCAAAAUAUCCAUUUAAAGGGUUGGCACAAGAUAAGUCAGAGAAAAACAAGCACUGAAUGUAUCACUUAU